CCCGUUGCUUCUUCCCACCCUGACCCAUCACGGUUCUGCCCCACAAGACCAGCAGAGACAGCUUCGCGCUUUAACGACACUUUUGUAGCUACGUUAGCUUAGUGGACGUUGAAACCGUUGUACGUGGUGGACCCCUCUGCCCUUUUUCCUCCUUGUUCGCUUUUGUCUGCUUCUAACUGCCGCUCCUCCUCGGAGGGGAAGAAAAUAUCCACGAGGUUUUGGUGCUAAAAUUACCAAAAGAAAGAGGUGGGGGGGGAAAAAAAAAAGAAGUGGUGGGGGGGAAAGAACCGAACUGAUUCGGGCGUGGUAGAAAGGGGGAAAAAAGUCAUUUUUUUGCCCUAAAACUUAAGAGAAGCAGCCACAAUGUCGUUGUCCGUGCCACAGAACGGAGUAAAGGCGGACAACGAACCCGUUAUCGAGCUUUUUGUCAAGGCGGGAAGCGACGGCGAGAGCAUCGGAAACUGCCCUUUCUCUCAGAGGCUCUUCAUGAUACUCUGGCUUAAAGGAGUCGUCUUUAACGUCACCACAGUGGAUCUGAAAAGGAAGCCCGCAGACCUCCAAAACCUGGCUCCCGGCACGCACCCGCCCUUCAUCACGUUUAAUGGCGAGGUCAAAACUGAUGUCAACAAGAUCGAGGAGUUCCUGGAGGAUGUUCUCAGCCCACCCAAAUACAUCAAGCUUGGUGCCAAACACCCCGAGUCUAACACAGCCGGCAUGGACAUCUUCGCCAAGUUUUCUGCCUACAUCAAGAAUUCCAAGCCAGACGCAAACGAGGCUCUGGAGCGUGGGCUGCUAAAGACGUUGCAGAAGCUGGAUGACUACCUUCGCUCCCCGCUACCCGACGAGAUCGACCACAACAGCAUCGAGGACAUCAAGUUCUCCAGCCGCAAGUUCCUGGAUGGGGAAGAAAUGACCCUGGCGGACUGCAACCUGCUGCCCAAACUGCACAUAGUUAAGGUUGUGACUAAGAAGUACCGAGGCUUUGACAUUCCCAAAGAGAUGACGUCCAUCUGGAAGUACCUGAAUAACGCCUACACACGUGAAGAGUUCACCAACACCUGCCCCAGUGACAAGGAGAUAGAGAUCGCCUAUGGAGAUGUAGCCAAGAGGCUGGUCAAAUAAACCUCUCUUCACGGCCCACAUUCCCCACUAAAAUCCCAACCCACUCCCCCGUCCUCUCUCACUGCCCCACACCUCCCACUCCUCAGCAUCUGGACUGAUGUGCCUCAUUUAUGAGAAAGAAGAAAAAAAAAAACUCUGGACUUCUUUUCCUUCUCUGCUCAUCCUGUUGUUGUUUCCCCCUCUGGUCUUAUGAAGCUCUCUCUUAGUUGAAUCAGCAGAGGUCACCCUUGUUCCACAUUGAUCAUUUAAUUGCUUUUGUUCUUCACUCACUGUUGUAUGUGUGACACAUUAUAGCGGAGCUUAUCAAUGUUAAGAGUUAGAUAAGUGACCUUUCAGUUGACUUUGUCUCUGCCAGCAGAAGAAAUGUCACAAGCCUUUGUUUCUGGAAGAUUAAAUUAGAUUCUUGUUUUUCUUCUUGGAUUGUAACUGAAAACUUUAAGUUUUUUCUUUUCAUUUUCAGCUGACUCAGAGAUCUUGUGAGCAGUGUUGGAGCUUCAGUGUUUCUGCCUACAGUAUUUAACAGGGUUAGACUAGAAGCUGAAAACAAUACAAACCUGAAUGCAGAGAUGCUUUGUUAGAAAAAAAAAUUGUAACAGACUGGCAAACAUGCUUUGAUUUUUUUUCCCCUUGUUGCCUCGAGUGGUUAGGGGAGAGUAGCUCAGCUCAGAGUUGUAGGAAAUGUCUCAGGACUAAUAAACCCUGAGAUUUAUAAAUAUCCAAAAACAUGUAGCUCAUAGUGAAGUAUUCUUAUUGCCUCGUUGCUGCAGUAAUUCAAAAAAGCAAAGAAACCUGUUGAUUUUUUUUUCUUGAUGUAGGAGAUGCACAUUGAACCAAAAAGAAGCAGAUUAACAGCUACUUCAUAACGUACAUGGUGAAGGAGACAAUACUGCAGUCGAGCAAAACUGAAGAUAUUUAUGAAGUAAAAAAGGAACUCAGGAGCGUUGGAAUAAUUAGAACCUGGUCACAUUUCGCGUUCCCUCCAGGAUGAAGGCAGAUCUGAAGUAGCAAAUGUACGCAUAAAUACAGUAGCUCCGGAAAGUGCUUUAAUGUGGAUGAAACAAAAUGCUUUUCUCCCGUUUGCCACAUGUUUUUCUUAUUCAGACUUUUGUUACGAAACAAAUCUGAUUUAAAAAGGAAUUGUAAAUAUUGUUUUGUUUUUUCAUUGCUCUGAUUUCAAUAUGUAAAUUUAUUGCAUAUCAUCAGAAUUCGGAGGAAAAACAGGCCCGUUUCUCGCCUGGUUUGAAUUCUAAGGAAACAUUUUCCAGUUGGCCUUAUUAGUUUUCUCUGCAGAUGUUUAGCAGGAAGGAUUUUUUUAGAUCAUUUCAAGCAACUAGAGUUUGUAUAAAGAAAUAUCGGAGGUAUUUCAUGGCUUUUUUUUUAACAAUAUUGACUGAAUUUAAAUAAACUUCUUAUUGGCACUUA